AUGUCGCACCUUCAAUACUACGCUCACAAAGGCGUCGGUGAGCAAAAGCUCAAGCAGCAUGGCUAUCAGCAAGCUGUAAGAGUGGGUGAUCGCAUUGAAUGCUCCGGACAAGGUAGCCCCCCGUCCUUUCUUUCCAGUCUCCCCUUGCCAUUCCCUACCAUCCUCCUAGACACUCUCCUAACUACCCUCUUAGGCGGCUGGGACCCACAAACCGGCGAGAUUCACCGCGAAAUCAACAAGCAAAUCGAGCAAGCCUUCGCCAACGUAGACCUGAACCUGCGCGAUGCUGGCGGCAAAGGCUGGGAGCAGGUCUUCCGAGUAAACAGCUAUCAUGUGCCAAUGAACGAUGAGGCGCUUGAGGCGAUGACGGCGGGAUUCAAGAAGUGGAUGCCGCGCCAUUCGCCAAUCUGGACGUGUGUGGGCGUGCCGAGGUUGGGCGAUGAUGAUAUGAAGGUUGAGAUUGAGGUUGUGGCUCAUGAUCCGAAAUAA